AUGAGUUUGACAAGUCCGGAACGAUCAGACCUGGAGGUCGAUGAAGUUGAUGUCCUCAUCGUUGGCGCCGGCCCUGCAGGCCUGAUGAUGGCUAACUGGAUGUCGCGAUGGGGCGUGCGCACACGAAUCGUUGACAAACGGGGGACGAAAAUCUACAAUGGUCAAGCUGAUGGGUUGCGGUGUCGAACCCUGGAGAUAUUCGACAGCUUCGAUUUUGCUCAUCGAGUGUGGAGAGAGUCAAACCACAUGCUAGAGAUCUGUCUGUGGAACCCACCAGAGGACAUGGAUCCGGCAAACCCAUCAGUCGUUCGAUCAGAUCGCAUUCCCGAUACAAUCCCCGGCCUUAGUCGCUUCACAGAGGUGGUCCUGCAUCAAGGGCGGAUCGAGCGCUUCUUGCUUGACAGCAUCAAGGAGAAUUCCAUUCGUACGUCCUGCAACGGCACCGGCUUAGCUGGCGAGAUUCAAGUCGAACGCGGAGUGCUACCGAUAUCAUUCAGCUUUGAUGAAUCACUCGCCGAAGACAAUUCCGCAUACCCAAUCCAAGUACGUUUGCGGCACCUGAAAGAAGAGGAGUCCACGCCGGCACACAAAGCAACCAGCAACAAUGGCCAAGCCGUUCAAAAUGGCUUGUUCCGGUCCAAUCUUGCAGCGGAUGACACCGAGGACCUCAUCAGGCAAACAGGGGUGCUGGGCGCCAAAGCUGGACGGGAAGAAAUUGUGAAAGCCAGGUAUAUGCUCGGCGCAGACGGAGCACACUCUUGGGUGCGACAACAGCUAGGUUUCAAACUCGAAGGCGAUAGCACGGACUACAUCUGGGGAGUGAUGGACGUCAUCCCAAUCACCGAUUUCCCUGAUAUCCGAAUGCGCUGUGCUGUGCACAGCGAGAGCAGCGGUAGCGUCAUGAUCAUUCCGCGAGAAAACAAACUGGUCCGUUUGUACAUCCAGCUCACAACCACAAACACCGCCAGCGGCCAGAAGGUUGAUCGCAGUAGCCUUACGCCAGAAGCCAUCAUUGCGUCUGCACAGAAGAUUAUGCGGCCUUACAGCAUCACAUAUAAGCACCUAGAUUGGUGGACAGCAUAUCAGAUCGGUCAACGCGUGGGCGAUAGGUUCUCUCUCAACGAGCGAGUCUUUCUCGCAGGCGAUGCUGUCCACACUCAUUCUCCAAAAGCUGGGCAGGGCAUGAAUGUCUCAAUGCAGGAUGCCUUCAACCUGGGGUGGAAAAUAGCAGGCUGUGUGAAAGGGCGCUGGAACCGCAGUGUGCUCAAGACCUAUCAGUCUGAACGACGGCGCAUUGCUCAGGACCUAAUCAGCUUCGACCACCGCUUUAGCCGCCUGUUCAGUGGGCGUCCGGCCAAGAACGCCAUGGACAAAGAAGGCGUCAACAUGGAGGUCUUCAAGAAAGCAUUCGAAGAAGCCCAUAUGUUUACCACUGCUAUUGGUGUAGACUAUGGCGCAAGUUUAAUCGUUGCGAAGGAGGGGAGCGCAGAAAAACAGGGAGAUGGUACAGACGUCAUUGGCGAUGCGUCAACACGUGUCUUCAGCACCCAGGACCGUGCGAAAGACAUCAAGGUUGGUAUGCGCAUGCCCAGUCUCAAAGUCUUGAAUCAAUCAGAUGCUCGACCCUGGCACUUCCAAGAAUUACUCAAGAGCAAUGGUACAUGGCGCGUGGUUAUCUUUGCUGGUGAUAUUCGAAACGCAGACAACAAAGCGAGGCUGGAUGUCCUUGGUCGGAAGAUGGCUUCGCCGGAGUCUUUCUUGAAUCGGUACACGCCAGCAAACGAAAAAUACGACAGUGUGUUUGAGCUCCUGGCUGUGCACUCCGCACCAAGAAGAGAGAUCACCAUCUUCGAUCUCCCGGAGCCCUUCCGACCCUGGUCUGAUCAUGAUGGUUGGGACUACUGGAAGAUCUUUGUUGACGACGAGAGCUACCAUGAGGGACACGGCCAGGCCUACAAGAACUAUGGCAUCGACCCGUCCAUCGGCGCCGCAGUCAUUCUUCGACCAGAUCAGUACGUAAGCUGGGUGGGUGACUUUGACGACUAUGCUGCGAUGGACAGCUUCUUCAGUGGCUUCAUGCUGGUGCAAAACCCAUCGCAUGUACCUACCACUCAGCAUGGCGAAGCGAAGGUAUUCUCAGACAACAAGCAGCCUUCGCUCCUCCUAGAGCAGAAGCUGACAUACAUGAACGGGUCAAAGAAUGGAGUGACUGCUAUGCAGCAGGGAAUCUCUGUCGUGAAUGGUGCGCUCUGA